UACACGCGCCUGUUUCACCCGCGACAAAUAAACACGACAAAAAAUGUAGUCGAAUUUCAUACGCGACAAGAACACGCAAGUAAAACGCACGCGAUGGUUCGAAAUCCGAAAUUAUGAAUCGAAUUUUUUUUCUUUCGUCCUAGGUACUUUUGCAUGUUAAGUUUGGGAAUUGAGUUCUUUAUAGUGCCGUGACCUGUGUAAUGCUCGGAAUUUCAGCCGUUGGGCGUGUUUUGUGUUGGAACUGAAAGUGUAAUCACAGAAAACAGCCAUGAAAAAACCAGGCGCUACACACACAACAAAAUAAAAUGACGACAACCAAUGGUAUACUCACUAUGCAAGCACCAAUCAAACGUUACAAUCCGAUCAAAUUGAAAAUGAACAGUAUCCAUACCAACGUCAUAGCAACAGUGGUUAUCCUCGCAUCGUUGCCUUACAUCUCAACUUUAAACCUUCCAAGUGGAGACCCCGCACCGGGACGCUCGCCGGGACCACCUGUCGACGAAAAGUUUGAAUUAGAGACGAAUUUGGGAAUGCCUGAAGACCCAGUUUACGACGAAAUGACGACGACUGACGAUGUUCCAACCACUAUAAGUGAAGCUAGUGUUAGUGAAAGGACGGUUGAUGGUUGCGCGUACGCACACAUUCCGAGUGACAGUGACGAAGUAGUUACGUUGAGUGAAUGGAAUAGUGAUGUGAAUUUGACGGUCAGUCAUUCGGUGUUCGAUAGUGAGGAGCUCGUGAAAGGAGUUAUAUAUGAUGUUCACCUUCAGUUCGAAGACCCAUCACUUAGAGACUACGUUCUCUACUCCAUCGUGGGGAACUUCAUCCGAGGCAACUUCACUCCAACCAGCUUCGCCGAAAGACCUUGCAGGGAUGAGGAGCCCCUACCAUUCUUCAUACCGAAACACGAAAGAACAGUGCAUAAAGUGUCAUGGCAUGAUGAGGACUAUAGUAGUGGUUUUAGGACAAACAGUGAUUUAGAUGGGUAUUACUUUAGGCCGAAGUUCCGGCGAGUGGAACGGUCAGUGUUCAAGUUUGGGAAGAGGUACAGAUAUGUGCCAGCCAGUAUCGUGCGGGGACCACUGGGCGAGCGGCCAGGGGUGCUGCUGCAUUGGUCCCUGACGGACACCUCGCGUUUACACAGCGAGGAGACUAGUGUUGUUUUUAGGUUACGUUAUAGAAAAACAACGAGUGCCACCAUAUACCAAGUGUUCUUUACUAAAACUUUAAGACUAGAUUGUGCAAUACACGUAAGAGCGUCGCGAUCGGGACGCGUGCAUUCCGGUCACCUGCCCAGGACACACAACUGCCGCCUGCUCUUCCCUCCCCCCUCACUCAACUACGCCCUCCUCGUCGACCUCCACAAACUCAACGUACCAUGCUCCAGCGGCUCCAUAAAGUUCGCCCCAAACUCCCCGACAUUAUGCGGAAAGCUGGAACAAAUAACGCCACCAAACAGAAGAUACAUCUACCAAUCGUCAAGCAAUCCAGAAAUAGAACUCCACGGCCGACCUACGUUCGCCGCGACCUACCGUCUAGUUGACCAUUGUCACGAUGUUCUCUUGACGGGAAGAAACGGCUCGUUCGAAGUCGGACCAACCACAAAACUGUUCUGCUCCUACAAAAUCCAUUUGCCCUACGGAAAUAGGGUAGCCUUACGCCUCCAAAUGGGCACAGGAAAUGGGCUCAAAAACACUGAUAGUUCUAAUAUAAUUCACGAAGAUUCCCACACAUUUUGCAAAGGGAUGGAAUUAAAUUUAGUUGACGGAGACUCUAGGUGGAAGCAUUGCUCGCAACCUGGUGAUCCAUUGCGUAGUGUUCAAAUAAUUUCCGAGAGAAACUCUGUUAGAUUAAAUAUUAGUAUAUUGGCGAAGAGGAAUUCGUCCGCCAUGUGGUUGAAAGUCUGGUGGAUGGAUAAACCAGUGGAAGACAUAAUUGGGCACUGUGAAUAUGGAUGGGUGAUUUCAGGGGAUUUUUGUAUAACAGCUGUAAGAGAAGGGAAGAAGGCUUGGAGGCCAGCGGAGGUGGAAUGUGUCAGAAUGGGCGGCCAUCUGGCAAGCAUACUGAACGAGCGUCAACAACAAAUUAUGGACCAACUACUUAUACACGCACCUGGCGCUGGAAUCGAAGAUGUCUACUGGAUAGGAGCAACGGAUGCAGUUCACGAGGGGGAGUUCCGAUGGUCCGACAACCUUCCUUUUUCUUACGCACAUUGGUUUCCCGGUUGGCGGAAGCACGCUGGGCAGCCGAAUGACGACGGCACCUCAGGCCAGGACUGCGUGGAGGCUCGGAGAGAGCUGCCUCCCCGCCCAGCGCAUCCCACCUUCCUGUGGAACGACAGGAGCUGUCAUGAGCAUAACUACUACGUUUGUGAGAGGCCUGGUGUUGAAGAUCCUUAUAAAGCCUCGAAAGUGCAAUGCAACGAGUCGAUAGUGCUGUCCCACUCGCACCCGCACGCUACAAUCUCCAGCCCCGGGUUUCCUCGCCCCUACCCGGAUGACGUCAGCUGCGUCACUGAGAUACGAGCUCCUGCCGCUCAUACGAUACGACUCCACUUUGAAGAGUUGCUGACUGAGCAUGAACCACAUUGCAGCUACGAUUACCUGGAGAUCGUAGAGUCAGGGUUAGACAACAUCACGGAGCACGGCACAGAGGAAUGGGUGGCGCAUGAUCAUCACACCUAUCACGUGGAAAAUGAGGUCUGGGAAGAACUGGAGACGCUACUCCCGGAAUCGGAUGCCGUCAGUGCGGGCUGGUCGCGCGACACUCAUGCAACCCGCGCGCGACGGCUUUGCGGCGACUGGAGCGGCAAGCUAAAGCUGUUGCGCUACCAGUCGCGUGGCCACGAAAUGCGGCUACGCUUCCGCUCCGACCACGCGCGACACUACGCUGGAUACCGCGCCAAACUCACACUGACUGACACACAGACUUGUAUGGACGUGAAACAGGUCCUCUUCAACGGCUACUGUUACCUGUUCUCCGGCUACCCGCAAGCGUCCUGGACUACUGCAAAGCAGGUUUGCGAAGGCUUGAACAUGCACCUAUCAUCCGUCCAUACGCCUGAGGAAGAACGGUUCGUCGUAACAGGGAUAAGACAAAGCAGCGAUUACAGCGCUGGAUCUGUGUACUGGUUGGGCGCUCGUCUAGAGCCCAGCGCUGAACUGGACUGGAUUGAUGGCACCACAAUGGACUACCAGGCCUGGCCGCCGUAUAAUGAUACUGAGGAGGUGGUGGAGGACGCUUGCUUGGGUGUACAAUGGAAAACAUCUCCCGUACCAUCACAACCCAGCGGCUUGUACUGGACUUUACACAAGUGUACAGCCACCGGAGGAUACGUGUGCAAGCGAAGACUGAACUCUGAACAUGUGCUAAGAAACAACACCGUAGAAGGGUCAUCAGGAGUCCUAACAAGUCCUAACCACCCCGGAAUAUACGACACUGACCUUGACUAUUGGGUACACGUUAAGGGACCUCUCGACACUCGUCUCGUGUUCGUCUUCACUAUCAUCGACUUGGAGUACCAGAACGACUGCCUUUAUGAUUUUAUUGAGUUACGAGACCGUAAAUUUAGUUCCAAAUCUGCAAGAUACUGCGGAUCCAUGACAGAAACCAGAUGGGUAGCAACAAGCAACGAAGCAAUACUACAUUUUCAUUCCGAUUUUAAUGUCCAGGGUUCGGGGUUCUCGGUGAACUGGCGAGCGGUGGAGCUGGCGGGGUGUCCGUCACAGACCUUCACUUCUAAAGAGGGAAUUUUGCACAGCCCGAACUAUCCACAGUUUCUGUUGCCGGAGUUGGAUUGUACCAUUGACAUUUUUGCACCUGCUGGAAAGCGAGUAUUUCUGAACAUCAGUUUUUUUGACUUCGGCUACGGAUCCUUCGAGAAUGGUGUACCGGUCAACGUAACUGAGGCAGUAUCCGAAGAGAACUUUCUAGAAAUUCAAGUAGAUUCGCAAAGUCCGCCCAUUCGACCAUUUCUGAACGCGAGGAUUUUAAACAACGGUUUAUUUGUAUCGCAAUCUGAAAUCUUGAGGUUGAGGCUGAGAACUGGAGAGAAUGUGACGGGGGUUGGAUUUUUGGCUCAUUUUAAAACAGUUUGGUACGUAAACGCAUCAAACGUAGUGAAACUGAGAGAGAAUAGCCGUGGAAAGUUAGCAGCUCCAAACUGGCCCGGUGCCCCGCCAUCGCACACUGCAUUACGUACAAGGCUGUUUGCGCCCCACGGACACACACUAUCUGCGGCAUUUGCACGAACCACUCUCGUACCUAGUCAGAGUCUGUGGCCGUGUGGACAGGGAAAAGGAUGGAUUGAGGUAAAAGACAGUUACACGGACAACAACGGGACGCAAUGGACACUCUGCGAGGUGGUGAAGAGCAAACGGAAACUGGAGUCCAACGCACCACUGGUGAUCAACUCAUAUCUACACUCCUUGAUGGUGACGCAUCACACCGGCGAACGAGGCAUGAGCCUGGACGUAUCUGUGAUGGUUAAUUUGGAUGCAGAGUACCACAGUAAAAUACUAAUGCUCUCUGAUGAGACCAACUUGGAGUCAUGUUAUCCAAACCCAUGCUUGCACGGAGGACGUUGCGCUGCGGAGGACUCGAAGAAUUUUUGUCGGUGCUCAGGAUAUUAUACUGGUGUAUUUUGCCUCCUAACCGCUUGUGAGCGUUCUCCAUGCGUCUUCGGGAACUGUUCCCUAGUGAUUGGCGGUGGAGAGGAAGACGGCUUCAGUUGCUCUUGCGCUCGUGGCUGGAAGGGGAAGCGGUGCGCGGACAGGAUACGACCUUGUGCUUCCAGACCUUGUAACAAUAGAGGGGCGUGCGUCGAACGAGAUGGGGCUUUUUUGUGCCAAUGCAACCCUUCUUGGAAGGGAAAGAGAUGUGAAGUACCAAAUCCUACGCCAAACAUCGUGGGUCUCGGGACAAAGAUGAUGCAGGAACCAUUCUGGCUGGGUUUGUUCGCGGUGUUUCUCGUUCUCGGCUUCAUCGGGCUAAUCUGGUGCGCCAAACGGCAUUUCCCAGAGAAAAUCGAGAAACUUCUCGCUGAAGAAGCAGACAGAUGUGCACGACCUCGGGUGGAGGCGCCGCACCGCACACUGUUCGCGCGGCUCGGUAUCCGCAAGCCGUCCGUGUCGGGGCUCGCGCACCCGCGCGCGGCCCGCACCUUUAGUUUGGACGAUCUGUUAAAGCCGCCGCCCGGACGCUCGCCAUCCCCACGUAAAAAACGCAAUAACUCAACUCCUACAAAGAAAAAUGCAGCAGAAAAGAAGCAAAUUCUACAGCAGCUUAUUAGCCCAUCGCCCGCUAACGAUCAUUCAAAGAAAAUAACUAUGGGAGAAUUGAUACAGAUGUCCGAAAAAAGGACUUUGAGUACGGUGGAAAGUGCUCCAGCCUUUGUAGAGUAUGGAGUAGAUAAUAAAGACACUUCGUUUGCUAGUGAAGGAUCUUCCCCGUCUACUUCGCCAUCGAUGCGGCAAAUUUCCGAUCCUAAAAUGGAGAAAAAAGUUACAUUCGCACGAUUAAUGAACAAAGUGUCCGCAGAAAUGAGCUCUAGCUCUGAGGUAGAUAUGGUUAACACUAUAGCAAUACCAAUGGCAGUGAUAGCGAAUAGAACAAUUAAAACUAAAGCAUCUAGCACUCCGCCGUCACCGAAUGUGGAAGUUAGAUCCCCUCAUAGUACGUCAAGUAAUCAAGGAAGUGAUUCUAUGUCAAGUCUUGACUUAACAUUAGCCCAUGCUGCUUUGAAAAAGUAUUCUAGAACCCCAAAAAUCUCCAGUGCAGAUUCGAUAUUGGCUAUGUUUCGAAACUUCUCUUCAUCAUCAGCGGCGAUCAUAUCACGAGCAUCCUCGGGUGGAAUAUCAGCCUCAAGUACUCCCACAGCAUCUUCACCGCAAGAUGACACCGUCGAUGGCGAUGAUUUAUCUAUUGCUUCCUCUCAUAUACCUUCGUUAGCGCCUGACUCACCUGUUCUAAGACCUCAUAAUACGAUUGAAAUACAGGUCGUGGAUCCCCUUAGUUCUCAUAAACCAGUCACUUCUGGCAACCUCCUACAUCCCCCAUCUAUCCUCCUCGAAGUGCCUAGCAGUAUCAAUAAAUGUCUAUCCCCCAUACGAGAACUACCGACUCCUUUGCCAACCCCCCUUCCAACCCCUUUACCAACUCCUUUACCUUCACCUCGAAUGCCUCGAGCGAAGAUGGAGUCUGAUGCUAAGAGUGACUCCACUGUUACAUUUGUAUCGCCAAGUGAGGACGAGUUAGAUGAUAUUAGACCAGAAAAAAUGGAGAGACCGACAUCGGGAUUAAGAUUAAAGCUUAGACAACCAGUUGUAUGUUCAGAUACUCCAACGCCGUCCACCCACGUAACUGACUCUCCGAGCCCUAGCUGUACUCAUAGUCAAGACUCCGAGCGCGAAAUGUCUUCCCCUUCACCCGCUCCGCCUUCUUUAAGAGUUCCUGUCCUUACUAUAGAACGAGCGUCGCCAGGAUCGCCCCCACCUCGAAGAACGCCUCCACAUUUAGACUUCCAACCUCCUCCAUUAAUAACUGUUACGUACAACGCUAGCGAAGAAUCUGACGAACCACUAUCUCCAAGACCACCUCCUCCAACAGCGAAUAUGUGCUAUUUGAGUCCAUUCUCAAUGUCAGCGAGAGGAGAAAGAGCUCCAUCGGAAUCAAACUUAUCUUCAUCUGGAUACAGUUCUAUGGCGAGUCCUGGACCUUCGAGAUGUGGGUCAAGUAAUCCUUUGUGUCCAUCUGAAAUGGAGGAUCCAGGUUCUGGGGGCGGCCCGUCUUGUUUUCAAACUAGAAGGAGACCUCUUAUGAAAACGAAUUCAAGUCCAGCUACGUCUAAUGAUGGUGGCAAUGAACGAAGAAGAGGAAGAUCAGAUUCCGAAACUCUCUCAGAUGAUCCAUUGCUAGAGUCAAAUGAUGAAGGAAUAGGAACGGAUGAGAGAGUGGAUGAUGUUCCUUCCAGUGCAAAAGAAAUGGAGCAUUUGGCAGCUUUAAAAGAAACUUUGGAAAUCCCAACAGCAAGUUUAUGUUCGCCCAGUGGUGUCACAAAAUGUACAAUCGUGAAGUGUAUUAGUGUCGAACGAGGUUUGGAUGAAAAGGCUAGCCUUAAACCACCGAUUCUGUUCUCGGAUUGUAGUCGCCCUUUGAGCCCUGUAAGUUCGAGAAGCGAAAGUCCUUUAAGCGACAAGACUGGACUGGGAAGAUUUUCACCACAAUUUUAUGGAAGACAGUUGCCGUUUACGGAUUCAGAUGGGCUUUACGACUUUCCUAGUUCGGAAUGCGUAAAAGGGGGUAAUUGUAAAAGCGCUAGCAGUUCCCACAGAAAAGCCGGUAGAAGAAGAGACAGAAGAACAUCAAGAACAACGUCACAUGAAGUAACAGGAGCACCGAAAUCUACUUUACCUCAUAUGCCACACUCGAUGCACAAUUUAUUGGAGGUACCCUGCUGUACUCAAAACCGCGGUCGCAAGGGUGGAAGACGUAGGUCCAGAUCGCAAGCACCAGCUCUAGCAACCUCUUCCUCAUCAGAAGAGUCAGUGUCCAAUGCCUCAAUAGCGUCCGUAGCUUCUGCCCGGGAAUUCAGAUUACCAGAUUUGGAGAUGCAGCCAGAACCGACCAGGCUGAAGAAACCGCUGAGAAGACAAAAAUGCAGGAGCUCUGAGGACACAUCGUCCAAGAUUUCGUCCAAUUUGGAUCUCACAGAAGACUCACGGAAGCCAGUCAAAGUUAGCAAGCUGCGGACGAUUGGGAAUCAAAUAAGAUUCCUCCGCCGUUUAGAAAGAAGCCUCAAAAUGAAAGAAAACUACCCGGCGAUAUCCGACGACGAAGGCGACGAGUCCUCCAGUGUGACCUCACCUCUACUCCAAGGGAGGAAGGAGCUUAGCCGAAUGCCUUGCCACGCGAUUUCUGCCCCUCUGUUAAGUGCUGCAAGGCCGAAAAUCACGCGGCAAAGGAGGUACGAUAAGUCGUUAUUAAAUGAGGAAACAAGGACGUUAAGUGCUGCCGCUGGACACGAUAACUCAGAUUAGUUUAAGAUCACAAAAUAUGCCUACGUAUCUAACAAAAAGUUGAUUUACCCCGUUUUGUAUGGAAAACCAUAGACUUAUAAAAGGAUAGAUUGGUCACACAAAAAUGUCCCUUAAAUGAUAGGCGACACUGUAUGUACAUGCAAUGUACACUACAUUAUUAUAAACAUUGUAUGUGCAUGGGCCUUAUGAGACCGAGUGCGUUAUGUUACAGCAACGGCGAGCAAUCGGGCAUAAUCUAUAUUUACCAUUUUUUAAGCGUGUUACAUUAAAAGUAUACAAGAUUCUAAUCUAAUGUGAUAAUAUAAUGUAAUAUAAUAAUAUUAUGGACACGUAGUACAUUUGUUGUUAUUAUUAUGUAGUGGAAAAACGUGAUUUUUACUAUAUUACCUAUAUUGUAAUUCAAGGUUAGUUCUCUUGAAAAAUUUCCAAGCAUGUAAACUAUUGACCAAAUGUGCAAUUACUGAGUCUCCAUCUUCCCUGGGUGAACCGUGCCCCAGUGGUCUAAACUUGGGUCUAAAGUACUCCGGGCGCCAUGCCCAGUGGAGAUGUCACUUCGAAUCCUACCGUUUCCACAAUUUUUGAUAAUUAAACCAUCCUUAAAGUGUAGAUAAAACACAAUAACACAAAUAAAUAAUUUUCUUUACUUUAUUUAAUGUUUUUUAAUUUUUGUGUUAAAGCGGAUGUGAUGUUACGCAGACUAUAGGUACCAAAAUGUUCACCACAUUGUACGUAGGCAAGUACCAAGUAAACAGAUGAAUUAUAAAAAAAAUUAGUAAGAGAAUUGUUUACAGAAUUGGAAAUUUCUAAGCGAACAGGCCUUAUACACUUUCAUUUCCACUUUCGUUACGUUUUGGUGUCUUCAAUUUUCGAUAGUUAACUAAAUUAAUACUUAUUAUUAAUAUUAUAGCUAGGUGAAACUGUGUAAAUAAAUUUCUUAUAGCAAUAAUUUAUUUUAUAGGAUCGUAAGUAAAUAAUUUGGUUUAUAAUGGUUAAGUAGAUAUAGGUCUAGUAUCAACUAUCUUAUGAAUAAUCGUAAACUUUAUUUUCAGUUAGCGUUAAAAGUUACAACAAAUUUUAUUAGGGUUACUAGAUAGCCGGGAAAUUCUGCAAAAUCGCAGAAAACCUACCCGCACAUACCUACAUACAUACAUACAUACAUUUACAUAUUAUACAUCCAUGCCUAUGUACAAAAUAUUUUUUGUCUAAAAUAUCUAUACCUAGAUAUUUUUAAGAUCGUGAAUAUAGCCGAUGCUUAUUGGCUAAUUUUUAAUCCAAUAAUUAAAAAAACAACAAGAUGUGUUUAAUUUAAUGAUUAAGUACUACUUUAUUUUUAACCGAAUUCCAAAAAGGAGAAGAUUCUCAAAUGACCUUCAACUUGUACCUUAUUUCCUAAAUUUUUAGGGUAGGCAUAGAAAUGUUCAGCAGGGAAAUUCUAUUAUUUUUUACAAAUUUCAAACAUGCCAGUAUGUCAAACGUAGGUACCAUGCGAUUGUCAAACUGUUUGAUAUUAUUUAGACAAAAGUACUUCUUACUAAUCGAGGCAUAAAAAAUAGUAGGUAUAAUACAAAAUUGCGUUCCCCUAUCCAGUAACCCUGUAUUGGGCUUCUAACGUGUAUAUGGUAUUUAUUUGAAGUUCGCAUUUUGCUAACUAUAAUUUCUUGUUGAAUACUUAGUCUAAUGUAUAAAAAAGUGUUUUUGUAAAUAUUUUAAAACAUAUUGCUCAAAUGCAUAUUUUGUGAGUUGUCUUUUGUGCACUAUUUGCUACUUUGUAAAUACAUAAAACUAUUGUUUCAUAAUGUAAAUACCGGGAUACGAGAGAAAUCUUUGUUUCUGUGUAAGUAAUAUUUGCUAAAGACUUGUUUACGCUGAUCAUAUACAAAUUGCCAAUCGUUAAAACAAUACGGCGGACAAUUAUUGCACCUCAUAGCAUUUUUUAAAAUAUGUUUAUUAAUACAAGUAUAAAAGGUUAUGCAGAUUAUGCAGAAUGUUCAUAAUGAAUUACAAAACAUUCAAAAAUGUCACGUUUUUAUAGAUUUGGCAAUAUCUAUAUGAUCAGACUUUAAAUUGCUAGUUAGUAAGUUCGAAAACAAAUCGAAAGGCCCAAAAAAAUUGGUAUACCAAAAUGCACAAUUACUAUUAUCUAUUUCUACUAUACAAUCGUAAAUUGUAUGAACUAUAAGCACAUGUUUAACUCUAAAAAAACAUUUUAAAGCUACACAUAUUACAUUUUUUCGCAAAACUUACAUUUUUUUUAUGAAUGCACGAUUAUCAUAGAGACGCAUCUUACCUACUUAAAAAUUUAAACCAUUGGAAUUGAAACAUAAUAAAAUUGAGAAAAUGUGUUUGACUUUCAAUUAUGUAAGUAUUUUAUUUUUUCAAGAUGUAAAUUACAUCAAAAAAGGCCGUGCUCUAAAAACCAUUUCUUGUGCUUUUUUCAGAUGAAUACUAAAAUUUUUUUUUCUUUAUUUGAAAAUGUGUACCACUAGAAAUCUUACGCAAGUAGCACAUCCAGCAAUAAUUAUAUGUGAUCGAAUUGUUCAAAGACUGACGUUUUAUGUGUAUGUCAGUACUUAUAUCUAAGGUUUGAUUUUAUAGAAAUUAGAAACUACAAAAAUACAAUUGUACAGGCAUUUCCAAAUAGAAUUCUGCAGCUUGCUGAGCCAAGAAAAUUAACAGUGAAAACUUUGUUUAUACAUUUAUUUGCAAACUUCUAUAAAAUCAAACCUAAAAAUAUUAUCUACUUGUUAGUUUACAUUAAUAGGUACCUACCAAAAAAGGUACAGUGGCUCUAUCAAUAAACUAUUCUUUAUACUACGAGUUACGACCUAUGUAAACCUACUACCUAAAACUGACAGUAGCAGUAUCAAAAACAAAAUGGUAUUAAAUUGAUUGACAUAACAAGAACUAGGUAUUUAACCGUUAAUAAAAUUGCAUUGGAAUUGAAAAGUUAAAAUAAAGUUGCAAGUAGGCUCACUUGAAUUUAAAAAUAAAAAAAUUACAUCAUGUAUGUACGAAUAGGGUACUUUUUAACUUGGCAUUGUAACUGAUUUUAUAUAUAUUUAACACAUCACGCAAAAUAAUGUAUCUAUUUUUCGACGCACCACCACCACCAUCUACCGCACUUUUUAUAUCAAAAUCGGAUUAAUUUUACUCUUAAAUUAUUUAUAAAUACACUAUCAUGGCUUAAGAUUAACCGAAUUAGUGUUACUAUUAAAAUACAUAUAAAAAAACAAUGGCCUGUUUUUGAGACUGAUUUUCUAAAACUUAUUCUUAACAUUGCAAUGUUAUGUUCCAAUACCUUUGCACAGAUUUUUCACUCUUUUUAGCACUAGCCCUCUUUUUGAUAUAUCUACUUUAUUCGUUUUUUUCACAGUAUUUAUUGUAUAAAAAUCCGUUUAUUCGUAAGUUUUCAACUAUUGUUUUGUAAUUAUUUUUAACAUCACAUUUGUAUCGUACUUUAAAAAUCUGUUUCUUUUAUUAUAAAUUUUAUUCAAUUUGAUUGAUUUUAGAGUAAUGUUACUAACGUAGUUAUAGAAAAAUAUAAAAGGAAAAAAACUAUGCAACGCACCUAAAUAUUAAAAGUAAUGCAAACUUUUCAUGCUAAAGCAAUAAAACGCUGUUUUGAAAACACGUAUUUUAUUUAAUAAAAAUGUUUGUUUUAGUAGAAUAAACAAUGACAAAAUAUAUUUUUCCACACAUUUAUUAAUAUUUCUCGAUUAUUAAUAUUAUUAAUAAUUUCCCUCCUAGAUUUCGCUAUUAUUUUUGCACUUUUAUGGAUUUUCAUUUUUUUGUUUUUUUCAAACACUUUCGAAUUUAAAACCCAAGUUAACCAUAAAAUAUAUAUAAUAAUAUUGUAGGACCAUUGACUUAAUAUAAGUUCACUUACUAUAAUAAGAAUAAAGUGCACCUUUAUAGGUUAAGGCUCGCUAAAUAUAAGAACACCAUUAUAAAAAUUCUUUUGAUUCCUUACAGAUUUACCUUAUAAAACUUUGCAAUUUUGAAUUACCUAAGUACAUUCUACUCUAAAUAUAGAAUGCGGGAAUGAGAAAAUUAAUAUUUAUUUGAAAGGAAUCGAAAUAAUUUAAGUACUUACCUAACUAUUUAUUAUUAUUCAAGAAUAUGGGUAUAUAAAAAUAUAUAUGUCCUCCAUAACAUUCGACAUAUUUGGUAUUGUUACAUUAUUUAAAUGAAAGAUAUCUAAAAGGGUAACUUUUGAAUGAGUGCGACGAUCAUAUUUAAAUAAUUUUGUUCUUAACUGCAUUUCUAAUUGACAUAAUAUGGUAGAACUGUAUCUAUUUUUGAAACCCUGCCUCGUAAAGAUGACUGGGUACAGGUCACAAUCGUGCAUAGCUAAAAGUUGAAUAUACUUACCUACCUAUAACAAAUUGUACCUACCUACCUAUAGGUAACAAAUUAUCCCGGCGUAAUAUUCUACAACUAUUGUCACAAUUCGCGUACCUAUUUAACGACCCUUAUUUGCUUUAUCAUUUUAUCUUUACAUUGUUCAUAAUUCUAACAAACAAACUUUCUGAGAGUCCCACUAUUAUAUUUAUUCGAGUUUCAGCGACGGAAGUUAUUCAUACCUAAAUGAUCAUUGAUGAUUUUGGCCAUAAGAAUUCGAUUAUUUUCCAUACUAACAUUAGAACUUCCUGUUAAAAUAUCAAACUUUGAGUUGACGUGUCGAUACUACCAUGUCUCUUGUUAUUUUAACUGAAAGGGCUAUUCAUUUCUUGUGUCAUUUAAACAAAAAAUAAUUACCCGCUAAACUAGUAGGUACUUACUAAAUUUAAAAAAUCGCUGAACUGCCAGAUACCUACUAACGUUACCAACAAAAUCCCCACAUUCUAUUUUCCGUUGAAAACUCAAUAAGGAUGAAAAUAUGUUACCUUCCGAAAAUGUUAAAUAUUAUAAAACUUAAUGACUUCUUUUGACAGCUGGAUGUCUCCAAAAUUUUGUUGCAAAAAUUGCAGAAUCACCCUGCUAAUAUUGCGCGACUCAAUUGAAUGUAGGAAACCUUUUUAUUAUUUCAAUUAUAUUUUCCGCAAUGUAAAUAAACAAGUUUUACUUACAUUUAAACGCAUGUUAUGAUUAUAAUCGUCAUAAUUACCAUCUUGUCCACGGACAUGUAAAAAAACCAAGUAAAAUAAAUUUUGCUUGUUAUUA